UUAUGGCAUCGCACAACUGCAGAAAUGACGGGGAAAGAGGUGGAUCACUAUAGGGAGCAUUCUUCUCAAGUGAAACGGCGCAGAAUGCUACAGUUUGAGUCUGAAAUUCUCGAUGCACCUAUUUGCAACGACGAGAUGUUUUUAAGAUCCAAGGAAACACCGGAUUCUCUUGAAGAUGGUUUAUCUAGUGAAAUGUCACAGUGGGUUGCUGAAUUCACAGAGAGCACAUCUGUAUCUGGUAAUGAAUGUUUGGACCCUACAUCUGAAGGGUGGAUUGCCGAUUGCUUUAAUGAUGCUGAUAUGCAUUUCUGCAAUGAAGAUAUAAGUAGUGCAUUCGGACAAUCUGAUGAUGUUCAAAUCGACAUUACAGAGCUUUGCAAUACCCCUCCAGAAUAUUAUCCGAAUGAAGUAGUAAAUAAACAGCCUGUUCGCACUCAUCAAAAUGUCGUUUUCAAAGGUAGAAGGUCGUACAUUCGUACACCGUCUAAACUAGCUUCCUCAAUUGUCUAUCCAUUCGCCUUCAUUAAACCAUGUGGUGUGCAUGGAGAUGUGACUCUUAAAGACAUAAAUCAAAGGAUACAUAAUCCACCAAAACCGAAAAUCGAAGAAGAUUCUCUCUCUUAUCCCACAUCGGCUUUUUCCGGAAAACCCGUUGUGGGGAAAACUAAAAUACGCACCGAAGGUGGGAAAGGGAGCAUCACGAUUAUGAGGACAAAAGGGUAAAUUCACAAUGGCUCGGGCUAAUAAUUUCUUGAGCUGCAGCAAGAAGCUAACUUUUUAAGGUUGUUUCGAAAAUUCUAUUUGCAUGUGAUAGUUAUUUACGGAUCUUGACCUCUAGUUGAUCCUUCCGUUUUUUUUCUGGCCCUCGUCUCUUAAGCCGAAAACAGCUUUAGUACUCGUGAUUUUUAUGUGGAAAAGCUAAUUUGAGUGGAUUUUCUAACAUUGUAUUAUUUUGCACUUGAAUAUUGGGGUAGCUAAUUUGAGUUUAUUUAUUAUUUGAGACC